AUGGUUGGUCCCUUCGGCAAACUGCUCAGUCUCAAACCCCACACUAAUCUCAUCAGUCAAAGGGCAGCUCAACCAACACGAGAGGAUGAAAGAACCAAGCCACAUCCAAGGCUCCAUCCGUCCUCAGUCCGUAAUGCCGGAAACCAAUCAGCAAGCCAUAAUUGGAUGUUCUCGCCGUUUGGCCAACAUCCAAACUCCGUUAGUUCAACCACUCCCGUGUCUUAG